AUGAAGAUUUGGCACUUGUUUGCUAGCGUGCUUGUAUCGUCUGCCAUAGUCGAAGCUUAUAAGGAGGGCUACAAACGGAAGUCUGAAUCCUCGUAUAUUCCAUUUGCAUGUAAAGCAGCGGUUACUUUCACUGCAAAAUUCUGUGAGAAGGAUAAUGUGAAGAGUUACGCCUGUCAAUGCAAGAACCCUCAUGCGUUGGCUUCGUACCUUAACUGUGGGUAUAAGAACACUGAGCACGAUGCUCAGGCUAGAAAGGACUUCGAAAUGGCCUUCAUCAAAAGUUGUGUGCGCAGUAACGUAACCUUGACAAGGGAGCAGCUGCAGAAGGCUUACGAAGACGCAAAAGAUAACCUGGUUCAUGUACAUGACAUCCCUGAUUUUAAUAAGGCGGUUCCUGUUUCAGUUCCUGUACAUUAUAAUUCGUCAGAGUAUCUGAAUGCUUUCAGAUCCUCGAAGGUGAAGCAACGGAAUCUUGAUGACUCUAUGGCGAUGGGCGGUGUUUUGAUUGCAUACUGGGGAUUUAUUCUUUUGCUGGGGACAUUGGCAAACGUUAUCAGAAGUAUAAUGCCAAAUAUCUGGCUGGCGGGAAAAAGGCGAGUAUGUGCAUUGUAUCCCAUUCGCAGGUACCGUGAAUUUGUGUCUCUUGCAUCUAUUACUGACGGGAAACAUACCAGUGCAACGAGGCUAUACGGUUACCUACCAACAAGGCUGGAGUCCAUUAUCGCAUUUAUUUUUGUCUUCCUUACCUUAAUUUUCCAUUGUGUGAGGUAUGAAGGCUUUGUGUAUCGGGAAUGGACGAAAUCUAACAGGAUAAGCUUUAGCAUUGGUGAUAGAGCUGGUAUUUUGGCUGGGUUCCUCUGUGUAUUGACAUGGAUGUUGGCAGGUCGCAGUAAUAUUUUCCUAUUCUUGACUGGUUGGAAACAGUCAGUGUUCCUGACAUACCAUAAAUGGAUUGCCCGUCUCACCGUAGCGUCUGUGCUUGUCCAUACCGGGGCUAUGUUUACCCAGACAUUAGUAACAAACAAAUAUCAAAGGCGCUCGCACACAUAUUGGUGGCGCUGGGGUUCAUUGGCAAUGGUAGCAGGGGGUGUGAUGAUCAUUCAAGGUAUGGCUUACUUGCGUCACCGGUGGUAUGAAGUUUUCUUAUACUUCCACAUAUUAUUGGCCGUUGCAUUCCUAGCUGGUGCUUGGGUUCAUACCCGUGAAUUUGGUUAUGCUAGGUGGUAUCAUAUCUGUGCUUUCCUAUGGCUUCUUGAUAGAGUUUCACGCUUGGGGCGUAUUGCAUUCUUUGGUGUGCGUCAAGCGGAAGUCAGGAUUGUAUCGGAUGAGACACUUGAAGUCUUGGUCCCACGCAGAAAGUGGUGGAAGAAUUACCCAGGUUCAAUUGCUUACGUUUACUUUGUUGGCAGCCCUCUAUUCUUCCAGUCCCACCCUUUCACACUAGUGACUGGUGAUGAUUCUAGCCAUGUUAAAUUUUUUAUUAAGAAGAAGAACGGUGCAACGAAUUCUAUUUACCAGAAACUCUUGAAAAAACCAGACCAGUCUAUGAAGUUGAGAGUUGCAGUGGAGGGACCAUACGGUAAUCACUAUCCUCUAUAUCAUUACGACACUGUGUUACUGUACGCUGGAGGUAAUGGUAUCCCAGGUCCAUUUACAUAUGCUGAGCAACUAGGAAGGCGUGGACUAACUUCCAAGACUGCAUACGUUAAGUUGUACUGGGUUGUUAGAAAUUAUGCUACAAUUAGCUGGUUCUUAGAAGAGCUAAAACGUCUAGCACCAUUCAGGAACGUUCAGAUUAUUAUUUAUGUUACAAGACCUGAGGGACCAGUCAUCGGAGAUUCAUCUUCGGGGACUAGCAAAGAGGAGCACAUUAAUAAUGACGACGACAAUAACGACGACGACAGGCAGGACGAUAAACAUUCACAAGAGAUUACAGCCAUUAAACUAAAUAGUAUAUUGCCGGAUCUACCUUCGAGUGUAGAAAUCAGACAUGGUAGACCACCAAUGCGCGAAGUUAUACAUUCAGAUUUGGAUGAGGCUUCAGGCCUCAAUAUUGCAGUCAUGGCAUGUGCACACAACCAAAUGGUCGACGAGGUCAGAAAUAUAACUGCUUAUGAAACUGGCCAUCGUAAGGAGGGCCAAAUCGAUUAUUAUGAGGAACUCCAAGUAUGGUGA